AUGUCUGGGGCUGAAAUUAUCGGGGUGGUCUCUGCUAUAAUUGCGAUUCUUGAUGCAGCAGUAAAAGUCUAUGAUACCGUCUCAGAUGCUUCAGGUCUUCCCUUAGCAUUUCGUGACGUGGCGCGACGCCUUCCGUUAGUAACAGAAACCAUGCAAACUGUAAGGCAACACCUUGAUAGUUGCAAUCCAGAUGAGAGCGUCUAUAAGGCGGUGGAACCUAUAGCGGAUAGCUGCAAGGAUAAAGCAUCACGCCUGGAGAGAAUAUUUCGCGAGGUCAUCCCACAAGAGAGUGCGUCAAGAAUGCAACGGUAUAAGCUUGCUUUCCGAACUUUGGGCAAAGGAAGCCUGGUUGAAUCUCUGAUGAAAGGCAUUCUGGACGAUGUGCAACUCUUGGCAGGCAACCAUAUCAUGAAGCUGGGCACCGAAGCGGACCUUCGGAGACUGGCAGAGGCAAGCGACGAAGUGUCAACUCUCCCACCAUCGCUGCCUUCCAACACCUGGCAUGGUAGCAUAAAUAACCACGGCUCUGGUUUUCAAAACAUCAACACUGGCAGUGGGAGACAGAUCAACAAUAACGGAGCGGGCCAACAGUUUAUCGGUGGUAGCUUCGCCUAA